UUGCUGAUUCAACUCCGAAUUCGGCGGACUUGUCUGGAAAAGACUAUCUUGGAUCGACAAACUGGGCCUGUGGUGAAGAGCUAUAACGAUCUAAAUUCCGUUUCCAGUGUGUCACCAGAAAAUGCCGUUGAAAUUGAGUCAACUUACAAACCAUCUGCUGGAACUAUUGGAAGAGCCUUCAUAAAAGCCAUCGACUUUUUCAAAGAAAGAAUUCUUCGCCUAAACAACAAAGUAAAGGACGCGGAUAUGUGGAAAUACGACUGGCAGCAUGCCACCGUUGGUCAAGACUGGCGACCGCUCACGAAGAUGCACGAGUCCGGUUUUCGAGCUGAAAAAAUCGCCAACAAAGUAAAACGAUUUCUGGCCCGUGACAGCGCGAAGAUUCGUGUAGGCGAUCGUUACGAGUUGCGCCUAACAGCAGUAGAUCGAAAUCAUUCUGGAUACUACCGUUGCGUGAACAAACACGGAAGGCGUGUGGUGUCGAUGAUGUACUUCAUAGACGUUGUCAGCAGGGUUAACAUGCAAAUGGCAUCACCAUGGAGCGAUUGUAAUAAAUGUGGUGAAGAAAUAGGAGAGCAGGCGAGGAGCAUUCAGUGCAUGAUCCAGCCGAUCGUGCCGUUGUCUCAUUUGCACGAGAAAUCGAACUGGAUCAAACUGUUUGGUUCGGUGCCGUGUGAUUCCACGCUGGUUCCGCUUGAGUUGCGCAAAACAUUCGCCAGAAGCACUAAAUUCGUUCAGUACAGACCAUGUUGGGUAGAGACGAUGGUUGACCGCAAUCUCACGUCGGUUGACGAACUGGGAGAGGUCCGUGUGCUCGACUACAUUCCAAAGGGCGAAUUUCUUUUCGGAGAGAUUCUGCCCCGCCUACUAGCUCCCGUUGUUAGAAAAAACUACCUAGUGAGGCAGACGAAUCCAGUUGUUUUCACUUGCGAAAUGCCUGUCGACGAACCAGGCGGCGUACAGUGGUUUUCGAAGAAAAAAGGAGCGAUUAAUUACAGAACCGGACGUUUUUCAUUCGACGAGACUUCUCGGCUAUACAUUUCUAGUGCAGAGCUAGAAGAUUCAGAUGAAUAUUUUUGUUACACGACCGACAAGGUUUUGAUGGGUGUUCACGUAAUUCGUGUGCUGGAAAACGACCGUACUCGCGAGACUGUCGAAAAUCUUCGAAUGUUCUUCCGAUUUGCAGCCUUCACAUUCAUAUUUGUGCUGAUCGUCGGACAAGUGAUGAAAUAG